UUUCGCAUUGAGGCGAUGUGGGACGUGAUCGAGGAGGUUGUUCACAAGUAUGACAUCAUUGUCAUUCAUUGUGGAGCUAACAACCUAGCUCGUGAUACAGUACCCAUCGUCCUCGAGCGAUUCCAGCAUCUCUGUGAGCGGAUAUGGACCAUUUCCGCUCGGAUUACGAAGCAGAUGGGUGUCACAUCUCAAAUGUAUUUGAUGAUAUGGUUUCUUGUGAUGCUGGCUGUGACAGAUGGUUUCAUAAUAGAUGUUUCCAAGACUGUUGUCAUCCUAUAGAAUGCUUUUGAAAAAUGGUUCAAAAUAUUGCACAUUGUCAGAUGUCACAUGUACAUCAGAGCCAAAGAUUUCAAAGUUCCAUUAUUCAAGGAGAGAGUUUAAACUUGUACGUCCAGCUCAUUGUACACCUUUGAGGGAUUUUCCCAGAGAUCGGAUCCCAAUGCCUUCCUAUGUUGAAAACCCUACAGUUGGGAAACAAGAGGAACUUGAACUGAAAAAUGAAAAACAAAUUAAAAAAAUGAGAAAUGUCUGUCAACUUGCAAGAAAAAUUCUUGAUGCAACUGCUGAACAGAUUAAGGUUGGAGUAACUACUGACGAACUUGACAAGUUCGCCCAUGAGAUGUGCAUUGAACACAAGUGUUACCCAUCUCCUUUAUUCUACAACCUGUAUUACAAAUCUAUCUGUACGUCGGUUAACAAUGUAAUGGUUCAUGGUAUCCCCGAUGUCCGACCCCUAUACAGUGGAGAUAUCAUCAAUAUUGAUGUGACUAUAUUUUUGGAUGGUUAUCAUGGUGAUUUGUCAGAAACAUAUCUAGUGGGGAAUGUAGAUGGAGAUGGUAAACAUUUAGUGGAUGUGGCCAGACAAUGUCAGUACGCUGGUAUCAGUGUGUGCGGACCUGGACAGCCAAUGAGUGUUAUUGGAGAUGCUAUAAGUAUGGUUGCAGAGUCAGAGGGAUUGUCAGUUGUACCGGACAUAUUAGGUCAUGGCAUUGGUACAUAUUUUCACGGACCUCCUGACGUUAUCCAUGUUGCACAUGAACCUGAGGAGGAAGUUUUAAUGCAACCUGGGAUGACUUUUACAAUAGAGCCACUGGUUUGUGAAGGUAGUACGGAAUACACGGUGCUAAAAGAUGGCUGGACAUGUGUGUCAAAUGACGGUGGGCGGUCAGCCCAGUUUGAAAACACCAUUCUCAUAACAGACGAUGGAGCUGAAGUCCUUACAAGUUGACAUAUUUAUUGUUGUUUGUAUUAAAUUUGUUUUAAUUAAAAAAUAAAACUUUGAUGUGUCAA